AUGAGCUCCUCCGUGUCGACUCUGUUGGGAUCUAUACCAGACCUUUUGCUCAGCUUCAUCCUGUCGAUCUUAGUCUCCACGCGCCAAGCCAUCAGCCUUAUGAGCAGCGCUAUGCACCAAAAGGAAUACGCGAAACGCCGUGCAUUUAAUGAUGCGAUGAGGCGUGUUACUGGAAUAGGAAAAGAGUGGGCGGAUAAGGUGUUGAGGAUCGAGGACCUAUUGGUGUAUUACUCACAAAACCGAAUGAACACGGCCUUAAUUAUCCUAAUCUCCGUCUUCGCCGUCAUCAUCUCAAUCCUAAGCGUCCAGGUCCCGCGCUACAUUGAACAUCUCGAACGGCAGAAAUUCGAGUACGAGGAUGCAGCGACGCCACGACCGAUGACCGACGGCACGACCACGCCUCCACGUCCAAGUAACUAG